AUGAAGCUUAGCGCUUCGGCUGCUGCGGCCUUGCUGGGUGCACCACUACUCGUGGCUGCUCAGACCUUCACUGAUUGCAACCCGCUGCAAAAAUCCUGCCCCCCAAACCCCGCCCUCAGCGGAACCGGCAACUUCGACUUCACAAAAGGCGCCUCGGAUCGAUUCACCUUCGCUGGUGGCACGCCAACCUACAAUGGAGAAGGCGUCUCGUUGACGGUCGCUAAGCAGGGCGACAACCCUCGCAUUCAAUCCAAGUUCUACAUGAUGUUUGGUUAUGUCGAGGUGACGAUGAAGGCAGCGCCAGGCAAAGGUAUCGUCAGCAGCGUCGUUCUGCAGUCGGACUGUUUGGAUGAGAUCGAUUGGGAAUGGCUUGGUGGAAACGAUGGUCAGGUUCAGACCAACUUCUUUGGCCAGGGCAAAACCGCUACCUACGACCGUUCCGCCUCACAUCCAAACCCAAACAACCAGAAGGCCUUCCACAAAUACACUAUCGACUGGACCAAAGAUCGCAUUCAGUUUGGCAUUGAUGGCGCCAUAAUCCGUACCAUAACUCCAAAUGAUGCCAACGCUAAAGGCCAGUACCCCCAGACGCCCAUGCAUCUCAGAGUUGGCUCUUGGGCGGGAGGAGACCCAAACAACAAGCCUGGAACAAUUGAAUGGGCUGGUGGUUUGACCGACUACAAGGCCGGCCCGUACACUAUGCUCGUUCAGAGCGUCAAGAUGACCGACUACUCCACAGGUACACAGUAUACUUACAGUGACAAGACUGGCACCUGGCAAUCUAUUCGUGCCCAAGAUGGCAAGAUUUCUGGCUCUGGAACCCCUGGUUCUGGUCCACAGGUACAGAACUCCGUUCCCCCAGCUGAGGCUUCCAUCAAGCCCUCUCAAGGUACGACCGGAGGAUCAUGGGUCAUUCCCCGCCCUGUUCCCACCACCACGCAAUCAUCAAUAACAGGAGUAGCAGGGGUCCCCAGUGGCUGGCUAGUCACCGAUAAUGGGAGACCCUCAGCGCCGAGCACGGCUUCUGUGAGUGAGCAAACCCCCGUUUUGUUUUGA